UUGGAGUGCUUGCCUACGGCCGUGGUGCCUCCAAUGGUGCAAGCACAAGAAUCUGAUACAGAAUCGGAGCUCACUGCCACAGAUGAUGUCCAAGAUGACGACUGGGAUGAUCCCGACUACAUACCUGAUCACGACUCAGACGAGGACGCGUGCCCUCCUUCAGUGGCCUCAGAAGGGCUUGAUGAGCUGCCACGGUACCCUGGACUAGCCGCCGGAGCCGGAGCCGCACCAGCCGCUGGAGGGGCACGGAUCGUGUCCCAUGAUGGGGAUGCGCCGCAGAUUGGUUCAGAAUCCGCUGGUCCCCAGUCGUCCCCUUACCCAGUGGCAAUGACCGCGAAUAGUCCGGGGCGUCGGAAGUGGAAUCGGCGUAAUUUUUGUCCCUACUGCGAACGGCCUCACGCGAAAUUGACCAGGCAUCUUCAGCGGGCACACGCGACGGAGUUUGAUGUCGCGAUGGCCCUCAUGAAACCGGUGCGCUCUCUCCAAAGGCGGAGGGCACUAUGUGCUUUGGCAAAGUUGGGCAAUUAUCGUCACAACAUAGCGGUCAGAUCUGGGGAGAAAAGAGGGGAGCUUGUCGCGUGUAACAGGGCUCGUACACUGAAAUCCGGAGAUGACUAUCUGGCGUGUAACGUUUGUAAGGGGUUCUUCCUCCGUGCGACCUUGUGGCGACACAAGCGUGUGUGCAACCCUACAGGAGGCGGAAGAGUCCAGGCCGCCGCCAGAGCAGCGAUGCCAUCGAACAGCGCGACCUCUUCAAAGCUUCGCAAAGUGCUCGACUGUAUGUGCAUUGAUAGUGUGUCCUUGCUCUGCAAAACAGAUGACACCAUUCUUUUGUUCGGCGAGUAUCUUUGCGCUAAGCUAGGCACCGAGAACAAGGAUGUACAAAACAUCAGGAACAGGAUCAGGGAGCUGGGAAGGCUGUUGGAAGUGCUGAGAACGAAGGACCCAGAGGCGAAGCUGAAAGACUUCAUCGAACCACGACGGUUUUCGGAACUGACCACAGCCGUUCGUGAAAUGUGUGGGUUCAGCUCGGAGAGCCACAAGUAUGCCACGCCUUCUUUGGCGCUGAAAAUCGGACAGAGCAUGAAAGUAUGCGCGGAGCAGAUCCUGGCUCAGCAGAUCGAAAGUGGCAACGAAACGUCACCGACAAGGCAGUUCAUUGAAUUGUACAACCUUCAGUGGACUAAGCAAGUAUCGCGACACGCUCUUGUAACUCUGCAGGAGGCGAAGUGGAACAAAGUAGAAACGAUGCCUGUAGCAGCCGACAUACAGCUGGUGCAUCGCUACCUGGACAAUGAAACGGAACUCAAAGUUGCUGAACUCACAAACGAUCCCACCCCAGCAACCCACAAAGCUGUGGCAGAACUGGUACUCGCGCGCCUUAUAAUGUUUAACAGGAGGAGGCAAGGCGAGGCGUCGGCGAUGACGAUCGACGCUUACCAAAAAGCUACCUCAUCUGACGGCACAAAUCACCCUGAGGUUACCAGCUCCCUGAGCAGCUUUGAACAGCACUUGGCAGGAAGUCUACUCAGAGUCGUUAUCCGAGGAAAGAAGGGUCGCGGAGUGCCGAUGCUGCUGACACAGGAGAUGCGAAGGACCGUCGACAUCUUGCUCGAGCAUCGGGAAGCAGCGGGCGUUGGCGCGUCGCAGUAUGUGUUUGUCAACUCCAUGGCGUCAGACGACAGGCCUCUCAGGGGUGCGGACUGCCUGCGGAAGUUUGCGCGACUGAGCGGGCUCAAGAAUCCGGAAUCACUUACAUCCACCAAGCUCAGAAAACACAUUGCAACGCUUUCACAAGUCUUGAAUCUCAAAGAUAAUGAGCUGGACUUGCUAGCCGGAUUCCUAGGGCACGACGUCAGGGUACACCGAAGUGUGUACAGAAUGCCUGAGGCAACAACCCAGCUGGCUCUUGUCAGUAAGCUCCUUAUGGCUUCUGAACAGGGAAUGGGAGCAUGGAGAGGCAAGAGUCUCGGUGAGAUACAGUUUGAGGAUAUCCCCGAUGUGGAAGAGAUACCAGAUGCAGAUGAGGACGCUCAGGCCGAAGAGACUGCUCCGCGAGCUUCUUGUUCUCAAGCAGGAAAUGUCACAGAGGCGCAGGACAGUAUUGGAGGAGAUGCCGAAGAAGCCGAAGAAGUGAGUGAGCCGAGAAUGAAUGCUCCUCAAGCCGAGGCUGCACGACCGAUGAAGAGAAAGAAAUGGACACCAGAGGAGGAUAGGGCGAUUCACAAGCACUUCGCACACUUCAUCAGCCGUUUCCAAGUUCCUGGAAAAGUGGACUGUGUGAGGGCGAUCGCGGCGGAGAGUGCGUUGUCCGCAAGAUCGUGGACAGAUGUUAAGAACUGCGUAUAUAACCGCAUACAAAAACGAAAGAAACACGGACACUGACAGGUCACUGACGUGUGAGGUGACUUACGAGUCACCUCACGAGUCACCUCAUGAGUCACCUCACGAGUCACCUCACGAGACGUGAGGUGACUCACGUCGCUGUUCAGCUGAGUGUGGAUUGUUUUGGGAAUACAUAUUCUCCGUCAUUGUC